GUCCCUCAGAUGCUGGCUGCAUACAGUCCUGCAGAAGGAAGCUCAGCCUCUAUGUAUUAUUCCCAUACACCAUGCUAUAAUAUGGGCACUGGGCCGCUGCGGCACUGUGGAAAUAUACAAGGAAUCGUUCACACGUGUAAUCAAGGCGGAACAGGCUGCUCACAACUGCUGAGGUCAGGAGAUCUGCCACUCGGUGUCAUCUGGGGCACAUCACAAGCAGCAGGAGCCACCAAACUGCAGAUUUAGGUUUUAAAGGGUGAAGAAAAGGCAGAACAUUUCCUGGAUGAAAGCCUGCUGCACGUCUCAUCAACCUGCCCAGCAAAACCCAUCUCCAGUCCCAGAUCAGAACCUGCAUGGAUGAAAGCCUGGAGAAGAACCGGCUAUCCUCCAAGAUCCCAUCCAGAGAGAAGAAGGUCUGAAUACCCUGCACACCUGGUACCUGCAGCACCUUGGAUAGACCCAGGGGCGUUAGAGGCGUCUUAAUUUCAGGAGAACAGAGAUGAAUUGAUAUCUGAAAUGUUCUAAAUAUCAAGUAGUAUCCUCUUUCACAAGGGCGGCACACCGAACAGUGAUAAAUCAUGGGGACUGUCCUCUCAGUGUCCCCAAGCUACCGCAAGGCAGGACUCUUUGAAGGGAGCUCCUCAAGUGUAGCCCAUUAUACUGCCGUCCAGAACAGCAAGAAUGGAAAAUCUCUGAAGAGACAUUCCUUUAUCUCCGUCUUGCCCUGGAAGAGGCUUGUGGCUGUCUCAUCCAAGAAGAGACAGCCGAAGAAGGGUCAAACCAAUGGUAGUUACCAGAAUAAUGUUACUCAUCUUAACAGUGAGAAUCUGAAAAAGUCUUUGUCUCCUUCAAAUCUAUCAAGCUUCACACAUGAUUCUAGAGAUUCCAUUACUAAAGACUCUGUUUCCUCUGGUUGCAAAUCCGUCCAACAGCAGCAAGUGCACUCGUCUCCGAAACGAGUGGUGGUGCAGGCAUCCACGAGCGAGCUGCUAAGAUGUUUAGGGGAGUUUCUUUGUCGAAGGUGUUACAAACUCAAGCAUCUUUCCCCUACAGAGCCCAUACUGUGGCUAAGAAGUGUUGACAGAUCUCUUCUGCUCCAAGGGUGGCAAGAUCAGGGUUUUAUCACCCCAGCCAAUAUAGUCUUUCUUUACAUGCUGUGUCGAGAUGUCAUAUCUUCUGAGUUGAACAGUGAACAAGAACUUCAGGCAUCUUUGUUAACUUGCGUCUAUCUCUCAUAUUCCUACAUGGGCAAUGAGAUCUCCUACCCACUCAAGCCCUUCCUUGUAGAGAGCUCAAAGGAGGCCUUUUGGGACCGUUGCCUUUCUGUCAUUGGACUGAUGAGCCCAAAGAUGCUGCGCAUCAAUGCUGACCCCCAGUAUUUCACUCAAAUCUUUGCUGACCUAAAAGCUGAAGGUGUACAAGAAGAGAAGAACCGACUGUUGAUUGGGUUGGACCGGUGAACUACAAGGACUGGCAGAGAUGGAGAAGGGACUGUGUUGGGGUCAUAUUGAGAAGGCUAUUUAGCUUAGUUUUGUGUUUCGAAUGAAAGACAGAAAAAGACAGUCUGUUAUAUUGUGUUACUGCUUGACUGGUCUCAAGCAGGAAUAGGUCUACACAUUGCAAUGCUCUGCAGGAUGAGUAAAAAUGGAUAAGCAUUGCUGGCAUAUUAGAGGUACAGCAAGUCUCGUCAUCAGUGUUCCUGCCUUUGUAAUCCACUAGGUUUGCUUCAGGUUACUUUACAUCUUGCUAAGUCUCUAGCUAUCACCUUAAUGAACCUGAUAGUGAAAUUUUAGUCACCAACUGCUGGCAUAAAAGCUCCAGACCAGUUGUUUUGUGCCUAUAAUGCCAGGCAGGGCAGGAUUAGCAUGAACUCUAGAACUAUUUAGGUCACAGUAGGAACUGUAAAUGGUUGCACUCACAAGAGUAAGGCAGCUUAACACUGCUUCCUAAAGCUUGUAGACAGAAAGAUACCUAGAAACCCUACACCAAGUCCUGUAGAUGUAUCCAUAUGCUGUGCUAAACCAGUCAAGAGUCUAUGAAAUUGGGAUACCCAGUUGACCCGACGGUCUGAGGAACAGGGUUGACACUGCUCUGGAUAGAUACUUGGCUUGGCUAUUUUCCCUUGUCAUAUUCCAAGCCCUGUUAAAUAGUUAGACUUAUGGGGAGCCAGAAAAUGGUUAUCUUUCCCUGGGAGAUACCUCUUUGCAUAUAUUUUCCCAUGGAGCAUUGCCAAUAAGUCUCCAUACACAGCUGCUCUCUUUAUGGAGACUUGAAAGAGUAAGUAACCGGUCAUCGUGCCAAGACCAUUUAUGAACAAGGCAAGUAAUUUUUUGUAGAUAAAAGUGAGAACAGGUGUAAGGACAGGGUUGGACUAGUUCAUUGUUUAUAUUAGGUUAUCUUGGCUUGAAUAUAUCCCUCCUGCAACUACAGUGGUCUCUAACCUGUGGUUCAAAAGUGGUUGCAAGAUGACACCCCCCAUUAUGCAUUGACAUUUACAUGCUAUCAGAGCAUGUUGGGAAUUGUCAUUUUGCAACUGCUGGGAAGCUAUAGGAUGGAGAUCGCUGGACCAUACUAAGUAGACCUGGUAAUAUAACUCAUUCCUGUAAGCAAGUAUGUUCAGCCUUUGACAAUAAUGUUUUUCGUUGAACUACAAUGCACUUUGGAAACACGGACAUUGGUGCUGCAAUAGGCACCAUAUGAUGUCUCUAAUUGGUUGUCGACAUAAAAUGGCUGCCUCUGCUAUGGGUAUGCAUGAGAUGGAUAGUAGCCCGUUGUAGGAUCCAGACAUUUUAGAAAGUGUCUAGAAGAGUUAAUAUGAUGUCACUAGCUUUAGGUGAUAUGUUACGAACCUAAUGGAUGUGCUAAAACUCUCUAUAUCCCUGGAAUGUGAACUGAACUAACAUUAAGAUGCUGAAAUAGAAUUUUAUCACUGUGAAAUGGCUCAGGUUGUGUGGCAGAGAGACCUUCCUGGCCAUGUCUUCAAAUAUAUUUGUCCCAUACUUAUAAAAGGUAGCCUUUUAUUUAGGUACUCCAUAAUUCCUGCUGUUAUGUGGAUACAUGCCUCUUCUAGUUGCAGGUAGGACCCUGCCUAUCUUGACUUAUGUAGCUACUUGAGUGAAGCCUAAAAGAUAUAUGUAACUCACUACUAGUAACCAGAGCCCAGGACCAAACUAAUACCAGAUUGGUGGGAAAUGGACUAGACCCCUAUGGCUCUGUUAAACUUCUCAAAUGUCUUGAUCAGUAGUUUGUUGAGGGUUUAAUUAACUUUAGCGGUUACUGGGAAAUCCAAAAGAUGGACCCUCCUGUAAUAAAUGAAGGGUAAACCUAGCACCGUGCAGAAGACCAAUCCACCACAUAAGCAUGUGCUCUGAAGGAUGUGUGUGCAUCACUAAAGGGGUUGAGGGAAAUUAUUUCCAGAAACAGCACCACUUCAGGCACAAUCUUGUCUGGUAUUGCAGUUGACUACCAGACACAUGGAGAAGAGUGGAGCGAAUCGUCUUGUGCAACCAUUUAUUGGAGGUCAUUUUCUGAAUUGUUUCAUAAACUUGCCUAGAUCCUGCAUGAAAUGGAAAAUGAUGCACUUUUGCAAUGUAAUGGGUCUCACGUCUAGAUGAGCUAUACUUCAGAUAUGUGCCAAUAAUGUCUUGUUUCCAUACUUCUGCAGAUGAGGAAACUGCUAAGAUUCCCGGUUUGUUACUCGUUCAGUGUUAGAGAAAAGUUGUGCUCAUGUGUAUGGUGAUGUUUUUAUCGUUGCUGUUAGGAUACAGGUUUCUGAUCCAGGUAUAUGUGCACUUGGGCUGUACAGUUAGGGGAUGUUCACACGAUUAAAUCUAUUGUAGAUUCCAUAGUGGAAAAGGCCAUGGUUUUCUGCCAUGGAUUCUGCUAUCAAAACGCCACCAACAGCCUCCCAUUGACUUCAGUUGGGGAAAAAAACACCAUGUGCAGAUGGCACAUAUUUUUUGCCACUAAUUUCAAAUCCACUUCAGAAGUGGCAUGUUUCUUGUUAGACGUGGAUUGAUAGUGGUUUUUGCACUGAAGCCAAUGGGGAAGCAGAAAAAACGCUAGCGGUUUUAUCAGCGUUUGUGCCACCAAAAAUGCUUCUGAAUUACCCCAGCCAAACUGGAUUAAAAAAAACUGUGGCAAAAACGCUUCUAAAACUUCUAAAAAUCCAUCCAAAUCCUCAAAAAAAAACUCUUCUAAAACGCAUGUAAAAACUCCUCUAAAACUGCCGUCAAAUUAGAAAUCGGCCACCAAGAAUGACCUGUUUUCAGCUACAUCGGCUGCUGAUCUGCUAUUGAUUUUAUUUUGUUGUGUGAACAUAGCCUUACACUAGUUUCAUAUAGGACACAUGAAAACUGGAUCUGCCUUAAUAAUGCAAUAAGGGUCAAUGGUUGCCAGCUCACAUUGACACUUCUGAAUAAGAGUAUGUUAUGUAGAGGUUUGGGAUCUAUGUAUACAGCCCUUAUUGGAAGUAAUGCAAGGUUUGUGGUCAGUCAUUGCUGGGUCAUAUGUGUGGCUUGGUAUUUGCUGUUACUAAAUGUGCCUGCAUCAUGCCAUCUCCAGCCCAGGGCUGGACUUUCCUUCCAGCUUGGAACUUAAAAGUCCAAAAACGACGGGACUUAUUAGGUCCAGCAGAGGACAAUACCUUAUAAGAGGGUGACUGUCACUUUCUGCUCAGAUUUAUCACUUUCUUGCAAGGCUAGAGGAUGGUACAUCAUGUACGUGGGCCCAUGACAACCAAGUUAUAGUUGGCCUCCUGUCAACCGCAGUUAAACAUGUUGACAGAGUAACAUGGGCCAACCCAAAUGCCAUGAGCCCUUGCAUCUACCUGGAGUGACAUGGCCAAAACCAAAUGAUAUGAGCCCUGACAUCUAGCAGGAGUGACAUGGGCCAACCUAAAGACUGUGAACCCUGACAUCUACCCUAGCCUUGAGAAUAAUUUCCUCUGCUGUUACCCUAAAUCAACAUUGUUUCAUCCCUAUAAUUGCACUAUUUUAAUCUGAAGCCAAAUCCAAGAAAUGUUGACCUAUUCUAGAACUUCUUAGGCCUCUUUCACACGGGCGAGAUUUCCACGCGGGUGCAAUACGUGAGGUGAACGCAUUGCACCCGCACUGAAUCCGGACCCAUUUAUUUCUAUGGGGCUGUGC